CGUAGUAGAGCGGACGUAUGAGAACCGCGCUCCGCAGAUUUCGAGUACCGGGUACUCUACCUCCUGGAUCCUGCACCCCGGGUCCGCUUCCUGGUGCAACUCGAGUUCCAGGACAAGCGUUCCGUGAUUUCUACGCUCCAGGUCCUUUAUGUGCUGAAUUUCGACCUCCAGGAGAAAUGCUCCGUGGUUCCUCGCUAUAUUCCAUAUUCUUCCAGAUAUAGCCGAAGAAUUAGAUCUUGACAUUCUGAUAAACGAAUCCAUCAACCUCAACAACUGUAGAAAGGCAGCUUUCGGUACAUCAAGGUCUCGUGCCGUGCACCAGCCGGAGCUACGAUACUCCUUUUACAACAGCCGUGCUGACAAAAACGGGAGUGCUUCUUCACUUCACGCGUCAUCCUCAGUCGGCGGAGAUGGAACCGUCCUCCGAAAUAGCGGAAUGGUACCGUGGAAGAUCGAUCUUUAUUACCGGAGCAACAGGAUUCGUUGGAAAAGUGUUGGUCGAGAAGCUUUUGCGUUCCUGCCCCGACAUCGGAACGAUCUUUUUGUUGAUCCGUGACAAGAAGGACACGUCCUCUCGAGACCGUGUCGAGCAGUUACUGUCGACGCGUUUGUUCGACGAGAUUCGAACCGCUCAAGCAAGUCCGAGAGACAGACUCGUCGCUAUUCCAGGGGAUGUUGGCGUUCCAGGCCUGGGAAUAACCGACGAAGACAGGCGGCUUCUGCAGGAAACAGUUUCGGUGGUUUUUCACGUCGCAGCGACGGUGAGAUUCACGGAGCCUCUGCGAAAAGCGGUGGCCAUUAACAUCGAGGGCACCAAGGCGGUACUCCAGCUCUCUCAGGGGAUGAAAAACCUCCACGCCAUUGUCCACGUAUCCACGGCUUACGCGAACUGCGGCAACCCCGUCAUCCAUGAACGCAUCUAUCCGCCACCGAUGGACUUGUAUAAGGUGCGGCACUGCGUGGCUGGCCUCGAUGACGAGCUUUUGGACCUAAUCACACCCAGGUUGAUUGGUAAGCUCCCCAACACUUACACAUUCACCAAAGCUAUAGCGGAACACUUAGUCGCAGAGCAUUCGACUCGAUUGCCAAUUGUUGUGGUGCGGCCUUCCAUCGUCUUAGCCUCGUGGAAGGAACCGGUUCCAGGAUGGACUGACAGUUACAAUGGCCCAAAUUUCGCGGUGAUUGGUACUGGCAAGGGAUUGGUGAACAGUAUUUACGGGAAGAAGGAGCUUGUGGCUGAUCUGAUACCCGUCGACGUGUGCGUCAAUCUUCUCGUAGCUGCCGCAUGGGAAAUCGGGAGCAGAGAAAAUACGAGACUCGUGCCGGAUCUACGCGUAUACAAUUGUGUCUCCAGACCAUUCAGUCCCAUUACGUGGGCCUUCUUUACAGAGGAAGUCAAUGAUUGUGAGACGAAAUAUGCCCCAAGUGACGUUUUCAUGAUUCCAAGUCUCACGAUGACUGAUUGCAGAAUAACGCAAAUAGUGAGCGACGUCUUGAGGCAGAUACCCGCUAGUUUGGCAGAUUACCUCACCUGGAUGUCGGGUGGAAAACCGAGACUUCGCGCGUACCAAAAAAAGAUUCAUGAUGUGAGCGAAUCAUUAGAAUUCUUUACAACACACGAAUGGGAAUUUGAGUCAACAAAUAUCAAGCUAUUGAGGGAUCGGAUGUCGCACGUCGAUCGGGAAACCUUCAAUAUUGACAUGUCGAAGAUAGAAUGGAGGAAGUAUAUCUACAAUUACUUUAUGGGCAUUCGGCGAUAUAUCUGGUGCGAGAAAGAUAGUACUCUCGAACACGGCAGAAAGAUGAUUGCCAGGAAAGUGCUGAUAGCGAAGAUCAGCCUCUCGAGCAUCCUCGUCGGCAUCCUAUUCGGUGUCAUUAGGUUUUAUGAAUUUUAGUUCCAAGAUAUUCCGUGAAUCGUUUGCAAUUUUUUGAAAAUAUAUUCAACCUCAUUGUC